GAGCCCUAUCUGUGCACUUGCCUGAACAUGACGAGUACCUAGUAACUCGAAAGAGCUGAGCAACGAUGUCACAUUAAAAUGGCUCUGUGUUCUGUGUAUUCUGUGUAACCUACUACCAUAUCAGCAAACAAAUCAUUCAGGAUCCAGGUGCAUUUGGAACACCAAUAUUUGGAAUGAGGAGGUUACUGUAGGUAUUAUAACCCUAUCAGUCAUUUCUCUUACUCUCUCACAAGUCUGGUCUUGUGGGGUAAGUGCUGGAUUCAAGCCUUAUCUCUGAAAUUCUGCACUGUAGUGCGCUUAAAAUGUAAUGGUAAUUCCUGAUAAUGCUGUGAAUAGACCACUGCUUUUAAAUGUCAAUUGGGCUACAAUGCAGAACUUCGGCAAUACGGAUUGAAUCCAGCCCCUUAAAUCAAAUUAUUGUAGCAAAUUGGCAUAAACAGUCAAAUGUGUAACGAACUAACUGAUUGGAUGGCCUUGUGGCUGAUGAAAGAGACUAUCAUAUCCUCUUGAAGGGAGUGGUUACAACUCUGACAUCAUUAACUUUAGUGCUCUGCUACAGAUUUUGUAUGUAGAGUGGAAUGUAGUAAUGUCUGAUUGGUCAACGUUAUAUUGUGAUCAUCAUUAUGGUAAUAGACUACAGGUACAAAAGCACAAGAGUCAAGUUCACAUUUGCAUCACUUUGCGACCAGAGAAAAAGGGUUUACAUGUGAUACAUCACCAUCUGCAUGGCUGAGAGGUAAGGUAUGCUGAAUUGAACUGAAAAAUUGAUUAACUAUCUUUUGAAAUGGCAAAACACUUCCCUUUCGGUAUUUGUGGUAAUGUUUCCAACAAAUAUGCAAAAGUAAUUUUUAAUACAUUUUAUCAAGUGACAAAAAUACAGUACUUGAAUUUGUUUAAUUAAAUCACCCAACAUAAUGUAAUAAUUCCCAACUAAUAUUCUGUAAUUGAUGUUUACAUCUAUAGUAAUAAUGUGACAAUAAUGUAUCUUUCAUAUUUCAGAUAAGAUUCUUUCAACCACGACCAUGGAACGAGGAAUCAGUCUCAGCAAGGCUGAUAUUGUUGAGAAUAUAUUUCUAUGUUUUGAGUCAGUGAAUGGGUCUUGCAAAAGAUCAAUCUUUCCUCCAACAAUACGAGUAUUACUUUAUCUCUUACUUGGCUCAAUGUCUGUUCUCACAGUGUGUGGCAACCUUCUUGUAAUCAUCCCCAUCAUUCACUUCAAACAGCUCCACACCCCAACCAACUACCUCAUCCUCUCUCUGGCUGUGUCAGACCUCCUCUUGGGGGUUUUAGUGAUGCCUCCAAGAACGGUAUACUCAGUGGAAAGCUGCUGGUAUUUUGGAGAUUUAUUCUGUAAAAUCUACACCAGCACUGAUGUUAUGUUGUGCAAUACAUCCAUUCUUAACUUGUGUUUUAUUUCUAUUGAUCGGUAUUAUGCAGUGUGUCACCCUCUCCUUUACAGAACUAAAAUAACUGUUCAUGUUGUUCUGAUUAUGAUGCUGGUCACCUGGACGGUUUCUGCCGUAGUAGGGUUUUGUAUGAUAUUUCUGGAGCUCAAUAUUUGGGGCAUUGAGGAUUAUUACUAUAAUAAUGUUGCCUGUGAGGGAGGAUGUAUUUUGUUUCAAAACAAAUUGUCGAGUAUUGUGGCUUCGGUGAUCUCAUUCUACAUCCCAGGAGUAGGGAUGCUUACCAUCUACCUAAAGAUUUUCCUAAUAGCACAGAGACAGGCACGCUCAAUUCAGGGUACAACCAAUCAGAACUCAGUAGGCAAAUCACAGAGGAAGGCCACCAAAACACUUGCUAUCAUUAUGGGGGUAUUUCUAUCAUUCUGGACACCCUUUUUUGUUGUCAACUGCAUUGAUCCUUUUAUUAGUUACUCUACCCCACCUGUUUUGUUUGAAACACUUAUAUGGAUUGGCUAUUUGAAUUCAACAAUUAAUCCCAUGGUGUAUGCAUUCUUUUACAGUUGGUUCAGGAGGGCGUUUAGAAUUAUAAUUUCUGGUCAAAUAUUUCAACCUGACUCUUCAGAAAUACAAUUGUUUUCAGAAUAA